AUGCUUUGUGGAGCUAGAAAACCAAAGAUGUGUGCGAGGUCUAUUGUUUCUAAUCUUGUACCAAGAAGGAUAAAAUUAGGAGCUUGUAAUAGGAGCAUGGGCUCUGAGUGUAUGUCUGAUGCAGUCGAUUAUUGUUCUAUGCCAACGCCUCCUCCGAUGGCCGCUCCACGAAUGCGUCGAAUGGAUGCCAUGCCAUCUCAUCGAUUCAUUGCUCAGUCGGCUGAUCGAAUGGAAGACAUUGACACUUACAAAAAGAAGAAGAGUGUAGAACAUCACUACGAACGAUUAGAGAAAACGAAGGAGUAUCAGGAGGGAUAUUAUUAUCAAAGCACUGAAAUGUUUUCUCCUGUGAAUCUUGUUCCUAAUUCAGCGUUCUGGGCGUCCUUUGCCCAUCAUUUGCGCAGCGGCUCGUCUUCUCCCUUCCUCUCCAAAGACUUCAUUCUCUGCACUCACUCUGUUUCGGAAGUAUUAUUCUGCCUGUCUGUGCUGGGGAUUCAGAGUGAAGAAGCCGCCUAUCACCUACAGAAAUCGCAGUUAGUCACGAACUCGCCCGUGUUCGUGUUCCACAAAAUGCUGAAGGAGGGAACGAAGCCUGCGGAUUGUCCUCUCAUGGUGCUGACCAAGUACAUCGAUAACAGCAAUCACUGGAAGACAGUGAACGGGAAGAAAGUGGAGCGUUUUAUGGAAACCAACGAGUUCGUCGCGGGAGUUUCGUACACCUGCAUGAUUGUCAUUACGAAUGUGGCGCCCAUCCAGCAAGUCGUGGAGGUCAUGUAUCAGAUUCCGCGGGGAUCGUACCCUCUAUCCAAUCUCAAGUCUUUGGUGAACGAGGUGAAGACAAUCGAUGCCUUCAGCACCUGCACGUUGAGUUAUUCGUUCUAUUUCCCGAAGGUGGGAGACUUUGAGCAUCUUCCAGCGCACAUCAUCGAUUCAACGAAGGCGACCAUCCUCGCUGUCGCUUCUCCUUCCUUCACGACGCUCCACUGCGUGAAGGAGGCGAAGACGCUGGAUGUCACUUCGUGGAAAGAUGUGGCGCUCAACGCUUCGGAGGACGUUCUGCUUGAUUACAUUCGAUCACAUGAUGUGCAGGAGCUGGAAUGGAAGUAUGUGUUGGGCAGACUGUCCAAUGCUUCGUUCUUUACGAAGCUGGUUGCCGAGCUGCGUCAAAUUCGAUUCUAUAACGAGGAUAUCUGGAAGUUCGGAGUGAAACACCGCGAUCUGCAGUCCACGAAGGAUCUUGUGGGAAUGAGAAUGAGGAAGCGUGUUGGACUGGCAUUCUCUUCGCCGAUGCUCACGAUCGAUUCAGCGGCUGAGGGACUCUUCAAUAUUCGCGAGUACAAACCCUACGUGAAUAAUCGUUGUUUCCGCUUAGGAGAGAGCAUGAACAUUCCGAACGACAAGCUAAAGAAGCAAUACGAGCUUUUCUUGAAGUAUCUGAUGCAAAAGAAGCCCACGUGCAAUGAUUACGCGUUGUUGGUGUAUUAUUUGAUUCUUCAGGAUCGUGUGAUGACCGCCCUUUCUGUGUUUAAACAGUUCGUCUGUGAAGAGCGAGAAGGCCGCUUUGUUCCGCGCGCAGACUGCGUUUGCAACGUCCAGGUCGAUUAUAUGAUCGCGUAUUUCGAUUGUUUCACGGAGAGUUUGACGCAGGCUCGCGAGAUCUGUGCUCGCUAUGAGUCCUAUCCAGUUCUGUACUGGCGAAAUCUUUUCAGCAACAUUUCUUCGAUGGUGAAGAGCGUGGAUGGAACAAUGGAUAUCGAGAAGACCUUCGAAAUCAGGGAUGAAUCGGACCUUGCUCGCGAUGAAUUCAAAUCGAAACGAUCGCAAAUGAAUAUGGACAGUUCGCUCGAAGUGUCAUCCACGAAUCAGGUGAUUACGCUGCACUACUACAAUCUACGCGAGGCAGACAUCAAUCUCUACGAGCUGGAUGUGGAGUUGCUCUUCAGUCUGAAUCCCUUCGUGUUCAACAAGUCUUCGUCGCUCUUCAUUCGUCCCAACUACACGCAGCAUGUCCAGCUGCCUCCUGAAGUCGAUGGCGUGGGCGAGUUUUGCUACACGCUUCCGAAAGAAUACCAGGAGAAGAAUGUUUUGGUGGAAGUACGGAACGGAACGCUGCGCGAAGCCUGCUAUUCGCUGAACAAUUCGCUGCUUGUGGCGCUGUCUGUGAAGUCUGGACAGCUGCGAGUGAUGGAUAAGAAGACGCAUGCGGGCAUUCCGUGCUGCUAUGUGAAGGUGUACGCGGAGACGAAUAGUGGAGAAAACAAGUUCUUGAAGGAUGGAUUCACGGAUAUCAGUGGCUGUUUUGAUUAUUAUUCGGUGAGUACGGAGGUGGCCGAACAAGCAAAGAAACUGGCGAUUUUUGUGGAUAAAGAGGGGUAUGGAUCGUGUAUUCGGGAAGCUUUGCCUCCCAUUUCUGCUGCGCAUUAGAGAGUAUGUGUGAGAAGUG